GUAACAUCAUAUACUGUUAAACAAUAGCUUUGAGUUUCAAUGAUGAUCCUCUUUGCUUUUACGCCGGAAAAAAUGACGAAGGAAUAACACUGUUGCAUAAGUAACAAGAUUUGAUUUAAUCCAUCAAUGUUGAAGGACGUGCCAAAUUAACACAUUUGAGUUGUUACUGUAAGUAAGCAAACUUCGAUUGUCAUCUGAAUAUUAAAUGUGUUUUCUUUUUUGAAGGUAAGAUUAGUCCUCGAGGUCUAGUCGACUCUUCACCGUGUCCAAUGUCAAUUGAUAUACAAAAGUCCGUAUCCCUCUUGCGCAAAGGAUUCGAUGAAGGUGUUUUGCGGACAGUGGAGUCGCGUAAAUCUGCUCUUCGGAACAUCCUGAGGUUGUUUUCGGAAAAUGAAGAAAGCUUAAUCAAAGCACUUGAAGAAGACUUACAUAGAUGUCGAGCGGAAGCGUUAUAUGCUGAUAUUGAUUGUUCAGUUAGUGAGGCGAAAAUAAUGCUCGCCAAUAUUGAUUCAUGGUUGAGGGAAGAGUCGGUACCGUCAACAUUCAUCUCAAGUAUGGAUACGGUGACUAUUCAAAGGCAACCCUUUGGUGUGGUAUUAAUUAUCAGUCCUUGGAACUUUCCGAUUGUCCUAACCUUUCAACCUAUGAUUGGUGCAAUAGCUGCAGGAAAUUGCGUCCUGAUAAAACCGUCAGAAAUCACACCAGCUUGUUCACAACUGAUUGCUAAUCUUGUUCCAAAGUACCUGGAUGAGCGUAUAUGUCAAGUUAUAUGCGGAGAUGCUAGUGUUUGUAAAUCAAUUCUAGAUACUCAGCAUUUUGACUUCAUAUUUUACACUGGUAGUACAGCUGUUGGACGUGAAGUUUAUAAGGCUGCGGCGAAACAGCUUACUCCUGUAGUUUUGGAACUCGGAGGAAAGUGUCCGGUUUAUAUCGAUUCUGAUGCCAAUUUGGAUAUGGCUGUUAAACGCAUUCUCUCCAGCAAACUUUUAAACUGUGGACAGAUAUGCAUUGCUCCAGACUAUGUUUUAUGCCAUGAAAGCAUACUAUUACAAUUCGAGGAGAAAAUUAAAAUAAUUCUGCAAGAGUUUUUUGGCGAUGAUCCUCAAAAGAGUCCUGAUUUGGCACGUAUUAUUAACGAGAGACAUUUUAAACGUCUUAAAAAUUUACUGAAACAAACCAAGGGGAAAAUUGUAAUCGGUGGCAAACUAGAUGAGACUGACAAAUAUAUCUCUCCAACAGCUGUAUUCAACGUUGAAAAUGAUGAUGCAUUGAUGCAAGAAGAGAUUUUCGGACCUAUACUGCCUGUUUUGAGUGUAAAAUCGCCUUCUGAAGCAAUUCAAAUCAUUAAUUCCAGGGAAAAGCCAUUAGCUGUUUACGUAUUCACUCAGAAUAAGUCAUUGUUCAAUGAUUUUAAGCAUGCCACCUCCAGUGGUGCGAUUAUGAUGAACGACUGUCUUAUGCAUAUAGUCAUACCGAAUAUUCCCUUCGGUGGUGUGGGUCAUUCAGGAAUGGGAAGUUAUCAUGGUCGUUAUUCGAUUGAAGCAUUCUCUCAUCGUCGUCCAGUUAUCCUUAAAUCAGAAAUCGAGUUCAUUAACAGAAAGAUCCGUUAUUACCCGUACACUGAAAGAGGUUUAAAUUGGUUACGUUGGACUCUGAAGAAGUCAGAAAGCAAUGGAUGCCAAAUAUUGUAAUUCAGCAAAGUGAUGUCGCAUAAUUAUAACAACCCUGAGCAAUUCUAAUCUAUUUUCCUUAUAAUUGAUUUUAUUAUCAUAUACUUUAAUACCAACUAGUCUGAGUUAAAAAUAUAUAUAUAUAUAUUUUUUAACUUUUUGAUUGUGAACAAAUGACUUUAAGUGACCAUUAUACAUCUUUUGAAUAUUUCUAAUAUAUUGCAUAUUUUGUGUUACUAUGUGGAAUUUGCAGUGGUCGUAAUUUGUGACCAAGACAUUUUGUAUUAUUAUCGUUAAGCUUCAUUAGGCUGUUUGCUAAUUGCUCUGCUGGACUGAUUCGCUAGACGGAUCAUGAAUGUUUUCAAACAAUUCUUGCAGUUCACUAGCACAUAUAAUACUUGUGAAUGCUAGAGUUUAAUAAUAACAAUAAUAAUAAUCACUUUAUUCCAAACAAUAAUAAUCAUACAGAAUGGAAUUUUCAGCGUUUUUAUGCAUAUUGCAACAAUUUAGCUCCU